AUGGCUGCCCGCGCGCUACCGCUCACAUCUGCGUCGACGGAGGGCACUGGGAGUGCCGCUGCUGGCUCCUGCUGUUUGCUGCUUCUCAAGACGCCCGCGAAUUUGCUGGUUGGUUUUGACAUGGCCCAAUGGCGCGUCGGGGAGAAGUUCAGGGGCAUAAGGGGAAUAGAUCCAGGCUGCCACUUCUUGCAUUGGACAGAGAGCGACAGCUCGGGAGCACCCAAUCGUGUUCAUGCCGAGACGCGCGAAUCGGAGUGUCCGUACACCCGAAUGCGUGUGGACGAGGCCAUUGGCUCAACGGGUCAGCGGGGCGAGUUUCUGUAUUUCGAUGGAAGGGAGAACAAAAUCAUCAUUAGACAGUGGGAUACCCUGCUCUCGCGCUAUCUCCCGCUGUCGGAAGAGGAAACACUGCGCUACGUUGCAGGCGUCGAACACCAGGAUUUCAUUGAUGGGCUGGGGGUGUAUCCCCAACACAUGAGAGCGCAGUGGCGGUCGCUGACGCAGCACAUUUCUGCCGCGUGUGUCCACCGCGUGGAGCCGAUCGGCCGCUGUCUGGAAGCCGAAGGCAUGCCGCUGACGAAAGGCGAGGAGGCUUUUAUUCAGAAACACGCAGAGGAGCGGAAGUCGCGAGCUUCCAAGAAAAGCGCCGCGCCCAGCGCUGGUGCUCGAGAGGCAGACGAAGAGGGACCCCUAGAUACACCCACACCGAGUCUGAAGAGGGAAGACGCGGCAGCAGCAGAAGAAGCCAACGAUGCAGAGAAGCAGGAGAGCAAGGAUGCCGUCGAGGCAGCCUCUUGCAAGAUGUUCUAUAUGGAUAUUCGGCCUCCCCGAUCCUCAGCAGUGAGCGCAGCGAGAGCCGCUGCAGCGGCUGCACGGCGCAGCGGCGUCGACGCUGCAGCCGCCGCCGCUGAGGCUGCAGCUGUAGUUACACUCCAGUGCACUGACCGAAGCGACACUCUGCUGCAACUGCUGAAAGAGCAGGAAGAGGGCGCUAAAGCCAUCCUGGGGGAGCUGCAAAUGGCGUUCAUUGCCCUUGUUUUGGGGCAUCAUUAUCCUUCUCUUCUGCAUUGGCGAGCACUUGUCGAGCUGCUUUCUUCUUCGGAGCGCGCCAUGUAUAUUCAGCCGGAUCUCUUUGCAAGCUUCCUGAAUGCCUUUUACUCCCAGCUAGAACAGGCACCAGACGAAGUGACGGAAGGGCCUUUACAGGAAGGCAGUUUUCUCUCUUCGGCGUGCGCCGCUCUGCUCGAAAUCUGCUACUCCGUUGACAGAAGUGCAGCUAUACAGACGCUGAAAAGUGCAGCAGUGGCCGAGAACGCCGCUAAAGCUUUGCAUCCUGAUGACGGCACGGGGUCUAUGAGUGGCGAGGUGCUCGUCAGGAGGAAAGAAGGAGAACAGGGAAGCGCUGCGCAUGCAGGAGACGCCUCUAACGCGGUGUAUCUCGCUGCAGCAGCAGCAGAGAACGAAUUGAAUGCCUCUGCAGACGCUCAAGUGCGGGCUCUAGAGCCGCUCUACGAGGAGGUGGAGAAGGCGGCGUCUCGCCUGUGCGAGUUGGCACGCGUUCUGUUCAAGGUGACGAGCGGCGGGGGCGACUGGGGAGAAAUAUCCACGCUUGACGAAGUGUUGCUUGCUCUGCAAGGGCCAGACGCGCCUGUUAUUGUUUCGGUAGAAGAAGCGACAGUACGGCCAUGCAGCACGGCGUCUCAGGGCGAAGAAGCAAUACAGACAGACUGA